AUGACCGAAUUAAAAAAGAGAUUGAAUUCUUCUAUGACUUAUGAGGAAUAUGUGAGUAUUUUCGAAAAAGAACCGAAGAAGCCUUCCCUCAAGCCAAAACUAAAUCCAGAUCUUGCGAUGGAUGACUUGGACCUCCUCAGCGAUGCUACCACAACCGACAAUCUGGAGACUCUCUUUCCAGAAAUCAAAGAAUAAUAGAAUCAAAAGAAAGUUCUCUCAUAAGACCUAUCUUAAAACAGAUAAAGAACUUACAGCGAGAACAUUUCUUAUACAUUCCUUAGUUUUAUAUAGAAAAAAAUUGAAAGAAAGUAAUCAGAAUGA